AUGUUACGCGUCGUGAUCUCUGCUCUUAUACUAUCGAUGGUUUUCAUUGUGGUUGCAUUGCCUCCCGAGAACCAUCUGGAACUGAUCAUGAUUAACAACUCUACUGUCACUCUGACAUACGAGAACACUCAAACUUCACCUUCUACCACAGUCAGCAUCAGUACUGAUGUAAUCAGACCUCGAUCAAACAUGACUAUCAUUGCCUAUUUCGAUCCUACUCAACACGGAGAUGUUUUUGUCGUCAUCCAUUUCAAAUGUGAUACACAACAAGUGGCUCUUAUAAUCGAUGAUAGAGUACAAGUACAUAUGGGUCAAUCUAUCUUUCAAAUAGCUCCCAACGAACUGAUUGUAUCAAGUAUACUUUCCAAGGAAAGAGCAAAGGUGUCUCCAUGGUAUUUGUCGUAUGCUAAGGUGACACUCGUGAUCAAUCCGCACGCAUUCCACUGA